AAUGUCACGUGAUGUAUACAGCGUGGGUAGGUACGAACACAGAAAUAAAAAAAUGAACAUUAGAAAUACCAGGAGGCGACAGGUGAAAACUCACAGUAUGAAGUAUCUACAACAUAAUAACGAAUUAUUAACAAACAAAUUAAUAAUAAAUGUCGGACAAAUCUUCCCUGAUUUCUCCGUGACUCAGCAGCGUUAUUUAAGCUAACUCCUGAACUAGUUGGACCAGGAAUUCCCCUGCACUGGAUCUGCUAGUAACUAUUCCUUUCGGUUUCACUUGAAUAUAGAGUUAGAGCUGUUUCAAUACAGCUUCAGUGUGAAGAAUGGCCGAGCAGGACAUUCAGGCGAAGCUCAGUGCUUUGCUCAAACAGGACAAAAUUCAGCUCUGGAAUCCCCCUUUCACUACAGAAGCUAAUGAAGCUGGUCUUGAACACAUACAGGAGCUUGCUGUUAGAUAUUCCCAAAUGGUGGGAUUCUCCCAGCCUGAAGUGGAGAUUGCUCUGGAAGAGAUAAGAUCACAGGCUGUCAAAAGAGAGGAGGGAAAUGCAACUCUGGAGCUCAUGCUACCAAAGGAAAUUAGAAAGGGUAAUAAAAAGAAACACUCCUUGGAAACAAAACUGGAUAUUACAACUCAGGAUCUGAUGAAUAAGAUCACAGAGGAAUUUGGGCUCAAAUAUAUGAAGCUGAUUUUUGAUAAAAAAACUCUGUCUCCAGAUAAGCGACUCGACGAACAGAACGUAAAGAACAACAGUAAAGUCAUGGUGCUGAAGGUGACUGAACCAGAAGGGAAGAAAGCGAUGGUGGAUGAAGAGGAAAAGGAGCGUUUAAUUGAACAAAGUAUGCAAAGAACUCGAAAAGGUUUCCAGAUCCUCUCAGAAAGAGAUGGUAGUGAGGAUCCAGAGACCACCCCAUUUCUGGAGAUUGCAGAUCACAAAGGCAACCCCAUCCAGAUCCCAGCCCGUGAGAAAAAGGCACUCAUCCUAGCCAUGGGCUUCCAUGAGAAAGGCAGAGCCUUAAUGAAGAAGAAGGAAUACGAUGAAGCUCGCAGUUACCUGCUUCGGGCAGAUGAGCAGUUCAGUAAAUGCGGUUCUGUGCUGUUGAACACGGUGGAUAACUAUGCAGUGCUGCAGCUGGACAUCGUGUGGUGUUACCGUGCUCUGGAGGCUCUGUCCUGUCUGAAAGAUGGCAAAAAGAGACUGCAGCAAGCUGAGAAUUGUUUCCUCAAAUGCUAUGGAGAAGAUCAGCAAAGACUGCAGAACAUUAAGGGGAAUACAGGUGGAGAGGAGGUUCUGUUUCUCAGGUUGUAUCUGCUUCAGAGUCUGCUGGCGUACCUGGAAGGCAACGAGAAUCAAGCUGCUAAGAAACUCAAGCAGGGUGAGGAGCUCUACAGUCAACUGUGUCUUGACCCAGAGAAGAUGACCCAGCUGCUGAGUUUAGGCUUCACAGAACAAGACGCUCGCCUGGGCCUGAGAGCCUGCAGAGGCAAUGUGGAGGCGGCUGUGAUGCACAUCACUCGCAGGAUAGAGGAGCGGGAUGAGAUAAAGAAGAAGGAAAGGCAGCGUCUGGAAGACAUCAACACCCUCGUCGAGCUUGGCUACAACAAGAAAUCAGCAGCCCAGGCCCUCCAUGUGUACAACGGACAUCUGGAUGAAGCCUAUAGGUUUCUGCUGAAUUCGUCUCAAGCCAGCAGCUCUCGGACGCCUCAGCCAGACACAGACAGACAGACCGAAGUGGAUCAGAGGGAGGAAGUGAGGUUGAUGGGAGAUGAUGUAGCUCAGGCCACUCCACUACUCCUGGAUAAUCAGGGUGUUAUUCCUUCAGAGCUACGCUAUGCCUCAGCUCCAUCUUCCUUGUCAGAAGAGCCCACCACCUCAUCAGAGGACUCCACAGCGUCCGGGUCGAACCUCCUUAAUGAUGAUCUGGUGAAGGAGGUUUUGGAGUACAUCCCCAGACAUGAAGAGGAUUACCUGGACGUGACUCUGGAGGAGGAGAGUGAGCUCAUUGCUCAAAUUAAGUCUUAUCUAGAGCAGUGCUCUGCAAACUCCUGCUGAAGAGCUGCUCGUACUGUAUGUGCUUUCUGCAGUUGUGUGAGGUCAGUCUAGUGUGGAAUGUUAUCACUAACAUUAGCACCAGAUCUCUAAGCCUGGAUCAACACAAGUCAGUAAUUGAAGCCAUUUUGAAAGUACUUUACAAACUCGAGUGUUUAUUUGAUCACUCCAUGUUUAUUUUACUUUACAGUAGAGCUUAUUUCUGAUAUGAAUGCUGAAUGAAAAAAUUGCUCUUUUUUUUUUUAACUCAAGGCAGUUAAUAUUAACCAGCUGGAGCGAGGAUUUCACAGAGCUGGUUUAAACGAGGUGCCUUGCUCAAGGUCACAAUGUCAGCAGGACUGAAUAUUGGUUACACUGUGUUCAAGCUACAUCCAAUAAAAUUAAUGAAGUGCAGUUGCAGUAGUGUCCUGUGUAUAUCCACAGAUCUGCAAGUAUAAUUAUUUACAAUUUAAAUCAGAUGGUUCCUACACAUUUGAGUUUUGUGGUUUUCCUUCCAGGCAAGUAAUCAAAUAUUUAUCAACACUUCAAGUUGAAGCCUUUAAUGCUGGGAAUAAACUGCGGUAUUGUGACAUAUGACAGAAUUUGGACAUAAAUUAGUUUAAAUUGUGGCUGUCCUAAAUAUUAACUUCUGCAUAGACAAAGACCAUACUGUAGAACAUUAUGUGAUUAUUCAGAACAUUAAAAGAUGCAAAUGUAAAACAUGA